AUGUCUUCAUCAUCCCGCUCCACCGGGAAACGUCUCCCCAUCAGCUGUCAAGCGUGCAGAACGCGAAAGAUCCGCUGUUCUCGUGAUGGAAGACCCUGCCAGACCUGUGUGCGAAGAGGUCUCGGCGCCGAGGACUGCAUCUAUCUCGGCCAACCCCGACUGUCAACAGAACAAUCAUCCACCACCGACCAAACAGUUCAGAACGAACUAUUAGCCCGCAUAAGAAACCUAGAAGGCUUGCUUCAAAAACAGGUCAGCUCACAAGCUGGAACGCCCACGGGUGGCGCCACUUCCCCGCUAGGUGGUGGUGCCCCCAGUGUCACGGGCUCAUUUUCCGAGUCUGAUGUCGGUGCCUUCGAAGCGUGGGGUAGUCCCAUGCUCGGGAAUAUUGGAAAUCUGCAGACCUCGCCUUCUGGUCAUGUGCGGUAUGUCCCACUGGCUUCGCAGUGGGAAUCUGUUGUUGCGAAGAGCCCCGCGGCGGAGUGUUUGCGGAGUUCCGAGGCGGAUAUCGCGGACGAUGACGAUCUGCAGAUCCCGCUGGCGAAAAAUGGGAGUAUCUCGCGCGCGGAAAUUUUGGCUCUUCUUCCGCCGAGUCGGUAUUGUGAUAAUUUGAAAGAAGUUUAUUUCCGUGUCUUCUCACCGGUCUUCCAUAUUCUUCAUGACUUGACGUUUGAGGCGGAGUAUCAGCAAUUUUACCAUGACCCGGGAAGUGUCUCGACAUCAUGGCUGGCCCUGAUGUUUGCGAUGCUCGCUAUUGCCGUUAGCGCAUUGGAGGACGAUGAUCCUCUUCUAUCUGAUCUUGGCCGUGAGAGAACGGUCAGUCGAAAUAUCAAAGUGCUUUCAGCACGGUAUCGCUCUGCUGCACUCAGAUGCCUGGCUUCUGAUGGGGUUAUGACUCGUCACUCGAUUAACUCCCUCCAAGCGUUAGUUUUGAUCAGCUAUGCACGUCUCCACCGUGGUCUGCCCUUCUGGACACUAUUGGGCUUUACUCACCACGUCGCGAUUUCCAUGGGAUGUCAUAUUGAUCCAGAGAGAUUCCCACUGGGUCCUAUAGAGCGAGAAGAACGACGACGAGCCUGGGCCGGAAUGAUGAUGCUAUAUACCAUUCAAAAUUCCUCAUUCGGAAGCCUGGAUCAGUCGAUGCUUCCCCAAGAUGUGAAGAUGCCCAUUGAUGUCGACGACGUUGACCUCCUCACUGGCUCCGGUCUCUCAUCAACCUCAUCACCCUCUCUCGCACGCCCAACUCAAAUGACCUACCUUCUCCUCUCUACCCGUCUUCACAAAGUCUCCAACAGAAUCUGCGAAACCAUCUUUACCUACCCGCAAUCAAGAUUUAGCUCCUCCCAGCUCGAAGCCGAGCUCUACUCCAUCCGUGAAAUCUGUGACGCACGCUACCAAGAUAGCAACGGUAGCCAAGAGUCGCUUCCAGUACACCACCAAGCAAACCUCCGCAUUCUCCACAGCCACAUCGACCAACUCUUCUUACUCCUUCUCCGGCCUAAGCUUUGCCGCUUCUUGCAAGGCGAAGUCACGACCGAAACAAUUACCGCGCGGGGAAAAUGCAUGUCCAUGGCCAAGAGGUCACUAUCUAAUUUCCAGACUCUAUUGGAAUCUCCACAGUUUACAGCGCCGUAUAAAUGGUAUACAAGCGGAUUGGGUAGUUUCCAUGCAUUCCAUGCCGCCGUGGUUCUAGCCAUUGGCCUCAUGAACCCGGAGAGCUCGUCUGAAUUCGACGAGAUGAAGGAAACUCUCAGCAAAGCGCUGGAUCUAUUUGCAUCAUUGUCCGUGAGAAGUAUCUUUUGCAGUAAGGCGGUUCCCGUCGUACGACAGAUUGUUGAGGUUGCAUCAACACAGUAUACCCAACUUCAGAAACAGCAAGCCCAAACCGAAGCCCGGGCUCAGUCUCAGACUCCUAUUCAAUCUCAAACACCCAUCCAUCACCCUCAAAUGUUUACUACUCUCCCGCCAUCCCUUUCAUCCAUCGCAAUCCCUGACAACUACGCCUUCUCUCACUCGCAGUCCCUCUCUCCUGUCCCGACUGUUUCUUCCUCCUGCAGUGACCCGACCAUGCAAUCAAGCUUUGGAGUCCAUCUACAUCCGCAAAAUUGGCUUGCUCCUACUUCUGUUCCGUGGGACUCUCUUGGUUCUUCGGUUGGCCAUUAUGGGUUUGAGUCUGAUGCUACUAUGUAA